GACGAGAAGUGAGUGUCGUGCGUCGCGCUGCUUGACUCACCAUCGUCACCGCCAUGAAGGAGUGGGUGAGGCUGUUCAGUGACGUGGUGGUGCGGGCCUUUUACGGCAACAGGAACACCGCACCCGCCGCACCUCAGGAGGAUACCACCAAGGUCGUAGCUCCUGCGGCGGUCCCUUCGUCAACGACAGCAGCAGCGCAGGCACCACACCCUCGCCAGUCAGCGGCCUCGUCCCUGCUUCUACCAGGUACCGCAUCUGUCACAUCCCCUUCUGUGCCUCCAUUAUCGCCCAAGCCCCCUCAGUCGUCACCCGUCACCCAGGUGUCAACUCAUUCGCCGCCUGUGUCACCAUUGAGAAAACCCUCACAGGAGGACCCCACUUCCACACAGUCAGUGUCUCAAGUCACAGCGGGUGAUGGCUGGUCACGCUCCGUGGUGUCCAAAACAUCACCACAGUCAGGGGAUAACAGCUGGGGUGACAGUGGGCAGGAGAGAGGGCGAGGUCGUGGAAGGGUGCGGGGAUGGGGCCGUGGGCGUGACGGUAAAGGGGGUUCUCGUGAGAGUAGUGGCUCCUGGGGUAGACCUGACUCCAAGGGAGCCAAAGGGGGACAACAUCCUCAGAGGCCCUCAUCGUCCGGAUCCCCUAACACCCCAAAUUCUAAUUCUUCAGCUCCUCCUCGACCGAAACGACCUGGUUCGUGGCGUAAGUGGCCCGGGGCAAUAACACGGUCUCUCAGCCCCAAGCCGUCACCUCAACCCCCGUGUGUGGACGAAGACGGGUUUACGCUAGUCCAGAGGCGUAGUAAGCCAGGCAGACCACCGCCCAACCCUCGGAGCAGCGAUCCUACCAGUCCUGACGACGGAGGCUGCAGUGACCCCAUGUACGAGGUUUAUUCUGACCCUGUGAGCGUCUACUACAGCGACUUGGAAGAUAUUUUUUUACUGGAAGAAGACGAUUUUCCAGAAAUCAGAAGCGCCACGGUACCCACGGAAAGCCACCAGCCAGGAGCGUCACGAUCCUUGUCGAUUCACAAUCGACCUGGCUCUCAGGAGUCAGGAAUCCGUAAUCGAUUCUCGAGCAGCAGUGCAAAAGACAGCCCUAACUCCCGAGGGAAAGAGACAAAUCAAGUAACAAGUAUCCCUGCAGAACAGUGCAGCGAGCCUGUAAUGACCUGCGUUAAUCAGGGAGGCGCCCCCUCACGCCCGGCAGAACCUGUUGCUAAACAAGCCAGCAGGCAAAGUGUGGGAGAUGUAGGUAAGGGCGCCAAGUUCAAAAGUGAACAAGUGAAUACUAGAGUCAUUGUCAAACACGAGGAAACUGCACCGCAAGAUGCAGUCAAAUGUGUUGGCAGUGAGGUAGUUGUAGACAGUAAAGUAAAAACAAGUGUUAUCAGUAAAAAGUACAGUGCAAAAAAAAAAAUAACCAGUCAAGUUGACUUACUGCAGAAACAAUGCAAACCAGAUAAUGAUGAAAAAGUGAAAGGAACACAGGCAGAUGUCUCUAGCCAGGAUAGACCUGUGGACAUCCUGAAAGACGACACGGCUACGGAUGCAACAAUACUUGCACAUGACAAGGCACACACACUAUCUCAGGUAAGUGUCAAGUCGAAGGCCGCCGAAAACACAGGUGAAACAUCGACACCAACGCCUGAAACAAAAUCCAAAAAGUCUAGAAAGAGGAAGAACCGAAAGGCGAGUAAGUCUGAGAGCCGAGACAUGACUGAUGUUCCGGCCGUGCAUGAAGAAAUCCAGCACAUGGAUCCCUCAACAGAUCGUCAAGUAGCAGAGUCGCGGGAAUCUGAUUACCAGCUGGAGCAUUACUACGCCAGGAAGACCAAAACGAGAGACCCUCACAAACCGAAUUGUAAAACAGACAAAGUUUCUGAAAAAAAUCGGGAGUCACAAUUGGAUACUGUAAUUAAUGAGACUCAUAAAGCUGAAGCAGUGUUGGAAAAUUUUGAUGUAGGAGAUGAACCACGUGGAGAUGAUCGCGAUAAACAAGAUGAGACGAGAGAAAAUACUCUUAUGACGGACAGAUCAUAUGAUAAUAUAUAUAUUGACAGUGAAGCUGAGGAAGGCAAUUAUGUGUUUGUCCAAAUGAAAGAUGUUUCGGCUGGUGACCCAAUCAUUACCAGCAAGACUGAAAACAUAACUAUUCAUUACGAACAGUUAAAUGACAAUGAAAAAGAGAUAACAGCAGCCUCUGAAGUCACUGACAGGAAAGCGUAUACAGAUACAAAGGAGAACUCAUUAUCCAAGUGUCCUGACUUAAGGGUAAUCUGCCAAGGCGAAACUAAGGAAGACAAGAGCCGCCAGAUGUCACACCCACGAAGCACUGCUAGCGAAGACCGUCCAUCUGCAGCCAAGGUGCCUCCAUCCCUUGAGGUAGUGGACCUUGAACCAAUGAAAUGCCAAGAAACAGAAAAUCUUCCAAAUGAUGCGGAAAGUAACAAAACAGAAGGAACAAAGGAGAGGAAACGUAAGAAACACGAGAAGAAGAAAGCAAGAGAUGAUGAAUCGUGUGAGGAAACUGAUGAGAGGAAACACCAUCAAGACAAGGCCAAGAAAGACAUUAGAGAGACAGGGAAGGAGAACUACCCAGAGAAUCACAGAGACGUCACACGAGAAGAAGUGAAUGAUAACCGCAAGAAUAACAAACGAAGUCACAACGACAUUAACAAACAAGAGCUGGACGAAACACACAAUAAUAAUAAUAAUAUGAAAUACAACACAAAGGAAACAAACGUCUUGAUCGAUACAGGCAAGUCACCACCACCACCACCACCGCCUCCGCAACAACCACAACAAAUCGAGAUAGAACUUAGGGAGAGGACGAGCACCAGAGCCGCCCUACCCCAAGAGGAUCCAACCACGGGCACCAAGACGGACGAGAUCACAACCCUCAUGAGCCUCAUCUCUCAGAAGAAGAAACAUAUCCAAUGCUUACAGAUGUCGCUAAACAAGACAGAACCAACUGAAGAACCUCAAGAACCAGGAGAGUCAGUCAUAGAACCAGGAGAGUCAAUCAAAGAACCAGGAGAGUCAGUCAAAGAACCAGAAGAGUCAAUCAAAGAACCAGGAGAGUCAGUCAUAGAACCAGGAGAGUCAGUCAUAGAACCAGGAGAGUCAGAACCAGGAGAGUCAGUCAUAGAACCAGGAGAGUCAGUCAUAGAACCAGGAGAGUCAGUCAUAGAACCAGGAGGGUCAGUCAUAGAACCAGGAGAGUCAAUCAAAGAACCAGGAGAGUCAGUCAUAGAACCAGAAGAGUCGAUCAGAGAACCAGGAGAGUCAGUCAUAGAACCAGGAGAGUCAGUCAUAGAACCAGGAGAGUCAAUCAAAGAACCAGGAGAGUCAGUCAAAGAACCAGAAGAGUCGAUCAGAGAACCACAGAUGUCGCUAAACAAGACAGGACCAACUGAAGAACCUCAAGAACCAGAAGAGUCAAUCAAAGAACCAGGAGAGUCAAUCAAAGAACCAGGAGAGUCAAUUAAAGAACCAGGAGAGGCAAUCAUAGAACCAGGAGAGUCAGUCAUAGAACCAGGAGAGUCAAUCAAAGAACCAGAAGAGUCGAUCAGAGAACCAGGAGAGUCAAUCAGAGAACCAGGAGAGUCAAUCAGAGAACCAGGAGAGUCAAGCAGAGAACUUCAAGCACUAACCAUUGAACCUGAAAACCGGAAGGAGGUAGAGUCGGAGGAUACGGUGAGUGACAUGGAAGACCCUCAGCCACACCUGGGAUCUCUGGCCACUCGUAGGCUAACUCCUGAUGGUGCGGAGGCUGACGAAGGUACUCUCUGGGUGUUUGAAUCUCUCGUCACAACUCCCAUGGAUAAUAUACUCAACAGGAAGACGACUACUGAUGACCAGAUUGACAGUAAAACAGCCACCCUGAUAGACAGUAAGACAGCCACCCUGACAGACAGUAAAACAGACAGUCACCUCCCAGUGCACAGCCAAUCGUGUCAACAUUGGCAUUACGCGGAUGUUGAUAAUGAACGAGAAAAUGAUAAAGAGAGGAAGGAGAAGAGAAGGAGACGAGAGAAAGACAAAAUGAAGCACAGACUAGAAGAUACAUGUGAAGAGAGGAAGAGAGAAGAUGAGGGGGAGACGAAACUCAGAGAAGAUAAAGAGAGACAGAAGUAUAUGGAGAAUUAUGAACAGUGUGAACAACAGGUACAAGAGACAGAAGAGAGUAGAAUUGGCAAGGAAGAAACACAGAACGUAACUGAAGAUGUAAAGAGAGACAAAUGGGGACACAUGAAGGAAGAUGAAGAGAUAGAAAGACAAGCGAAAAGAGAAAGAAAGGAAAGAAAAAGAAAGAAAAGAGAAGCAGAGGAAAGGGAAGAUAUAAAAGCCAGAUAUAUAAGUGAAGAAAAAUGUCAUCUUAUAGAAUUACACAACCACGACGAAGAGGAGUUAGAGAGAAUGAGGAAAGAAGAGAAGAGAGAGAGGAAAAGGAGAAGGCGUGAAGAGAAGGAAAGACUAAAACAGAUGCAAGUAAACAUUGGCCAAGACCCAGGGGAAACCCGUGAGGCGAUAGAAGAGAGAGAAGCAAGGAGGGAGAGGAGGAGGAAGAGGAGGAAGGAACGCGAGGCAGAGGAAUUAGAACGUCAGAAAAUUGAAAGAAAACGCAGAGAUGAGAGGAACUCUGUGGAGGAGGCGCCAGAAGUGUGUGAGUCACGGGCGACGGCGGAGCUCCACACAGCUCUCGACCACCACGCUUCUGCAGGUGAACUUCUCCACGCUGCCGCUACACACGCUCUCCACACUCCGUCGGAUGACAAAACCGCUGCUGAGGAUCACAGCACUGGUUUAGAGAGCUUCAACACUGCCGACAACCACGAAACUUCCACAGAAGAUAUCGAAACACCGUCAGAGGCUUUUGAUACUGCUUCAGAAGCUUUGAGUACGACUGUGGGAGUUGCUGACACGACUGAAGAAUCUGCCGAGUCUUUCUCAGUCAGUGGUAUUAGUCCACUUGCUUUGGAGAGGCUGAGGAGAGUAAACGAAUUAUGGGAGCUUCGAAACAGUUCUCAACCUGAAGAGGAGGAGACUGUUGAAGCUUCCACUGAAGUGAAUGAGGCCCAGAAGGGUGAUUGUGAAAACACUGGUGACGAGGUGAAUCAUACUGAAAUGAAGGCCAAGGCAGAUCAGGGGUCAUAUUUAAACGAUACGAAUAGUGAAGACAGCGAUGUUAAUUGUCCACAAAAUACGAGAGAAAGGAGAAGACGAAGAACUUCUCAAGAAAAUGCCGAAGGGGAGAGUAAAGACACAACCCAGCCGGUGCGAAGGAGACGGCGCAUAGAUGACGACACUAACAAGGAACAAGAACUCGAGCCGAACAGUGUAGAUUUCUCGACUGGCUUCCAAGGUUUUAACAUGCUCAAGACGUUUGAAGAACUGGUGAGUGAACGGAGAAAGAGGAGAGUCAAGCGUCUAGAGGAGUCUGAGAAUCAAGAGUCACAGGCAGAGGAAAACCCGCUACCACGGAGAAGAACUCGGACGACACUAGACGCCAGCAGUCAAGUGCAAGAUUCUCAAACACAAGAAAAGAAAACUACAGCCACCUCUUCGGUAAGAAGACGUCGAAGGCCUGCCGAAGACACCAAUCAAACAUACGACUCCUUGGCAGACAUCAAUAGUAAGGACUACGAGGAUAUCUUCGCCCGGAGGAGACAACGUAGGAGUCGAAGGUUGGAGGGUGACAGUAGCCAGGUGGAUGAGGAUCGACGCUCAGCCUACCAGUCCCAAGACUCCCAGAUAUUUGACAGCAUGAGCGAGGCUGAUAGGCAAUACGAGGAAAUCUUAGAGAGGAGGAGACGCAUUCGGAGAAUGAGAUAUGCGGAGAUGCACAAGAGCGACGAACAGCAGGACGAAGACACUGCUGGAACCUCACCUCUCAGAGACGCCCACACGUCCCAGUCUCAGAGGGUGGACAAAGUAGGUGACGCUGAGACCAAACAAACACAGCUAACCAACUCUAGCGGUUCCCAACAGACUCUGGCCUCCCAGGAACCGAUCAGCGAGGCCAAGAGGUCGUCUUCAGAAAGUGAUUCUAGUGACACAGACUCUAGUGAUUCUAGUGAGGAUAGUGAAGUGAAUGUACCAGGACAUAAACUAAGCGAGAAGAAGGGAGGUGAGGAAGACCACUACCACGAGCGAGAUGGAGAAGACCAGCUAAGCACACCGUCCUUCGGCUCCAGUCGGUAUGGGUCAAGUAGCAGCACCAGUGCCUCCGCCGUGCCCACAGUGUCGUACCGCGCGGCGCUCACCAGAGAUCUGUCAGCCUCCCAGGACCGUCUGGCAGCGGGAUAUGGCUCAGAUGUCAACAAAAGCGGCUAUGGUUCUGGGUCAGGAGGCGGCAACUACGGAUCGCGGUACACGGGUGACAGCAAGACGUCGGCCGUGGCGUCUCUCUCCUCCAAGUUCGGUGAUACGAAGCCUUCAUCCCCCAGCCCUCGGGUCAGGCCCACCUCCCUCGCCACCACCACCAACAACAACGCUGCCAUCAACGCCACCACCGCCCCCGCCACCGCCUCCUCCACCGCCUCCCUCAGUAACACCCUCUCUCCCUCUACCACUCUUUCCGGCAGUAGACUCUCCAGGGACUCCUCCCGCACUGAGAGCGGCGGCAGAUCCCCCGGGGGAGCGGCCUACACCUCGCGUCUCACCAGUGGUACAAACUUCGAUCGAUCAGGCUAUACCUCGGAUGCGAAGUCGGGCUAUGGAUCUGAUCUCAACAGAUCCGGGUACGGGUCCGGAUAUGGUUCUGGGUCUGGCAACUAUACGAGUCGAUAUAGUUAUAGCCGUAGCAACAGCUAUAUGAAGGACACCGAGCCCACUAGUAAAGGCAGCUACAAGCCGACCUACAGCAGAGAGAACAGCUACCUGGGCAGCGACACAGGAAGCGGGUCUGGUUGGCGGAGUCGUGUGUACGGUAGUGAUGCUGACGCCUCCACCACCAGGACCCGCGGCAGCCUCAACAACUCGUCUGAACAGAUCCCCAAGUCCAGUGCCAAACAGGAGGCGGAGGCGGUCAAACCAGCCUUCAAAGACGCUAUUGAUAAACUGACCAAAGCUUCCCAAGACGAGAAGAAAGACGGCAAGAAUAUUGAAGUUUUGUCUCCGAAUGCGAUAAGAGUGUUACCUGUCUUCAGUCCAGAUGACCUUAACUUGAAGAAUAAGGCUCCGGCUGACUUCAGUUCCGCGGCUGAGAGCUCAGAUGAUGAAGACCAAAAGAAGACAGACAGUCGAGAGACAACGAAGACACAAGGCCCCGUAACUUCUACUUCGACAACUGCCGCCGCUUCCACCUCGAGCACGACAACAUCAAGACCUCUCCGGCACCUCGCGGCCGUACCUUCCCUGCCCACAAAGCCGACGAAUACAGUAAGUAGCGGUUUAGCCACACCUCCAUCAUUCAAACUCUCCUCAAGAUACGCCACAUCUACAACGGAGAGUCUCCCUGUCUCUACCACACCCUCAAAAUGGCUGAGAGACAAGGAGGAAGAUACAACCACCACACGCACUAGGGGGAACCUCAGUGUUGGUGAUAAAAGUCCCAAAUCUACGUCACCACUACCACCUCGCUCACCAGUUCUCAGCCCCAACAAGACCACUUCCAUAUCACCAACUGUUGAGAAGAAGAGCGAGAUGGGGAUUGCCAACAAGGACUGUAGGAAGUCCGUCUUGAACAUGGACAUCAGCCCCAAUGACUCUGAUGCAAUGAGAAAGCAACAAGAAGAGAAGAGAGAGGAACUGAGGAGACUGAGAAGACAAAGAGGAAAUGAUGAUGAUAAAGGAAGUCAGAGGCCGCCGACGGGAAGCAUCAGGACCAGACCAGGACCCAAGGUUGAGGAGGCUGGUCGACAGCGAUCAAGAGGGUCAGGAUCAGACCUGUCUAAGACGUCGUCACAGACAAAGGUUGUGGAGGAGGAGGAGGAGGAAUCAAGUAGUGAGGAGGAAGACAAACAAGACAAGCCUCCAGUAGCACCAGUGGAGAAGACAUCGUCCAAGACGAAAGUGGUAGAGAGAAAACAUUCCAAAGGGAAGGCAGACGCGAUGCGGCGCAGUGGAUCCAUGCGUCGCUUCCGCCAGUCCUCCCAGACUAGCAAAACCUCCACGUCUGAUUCAUCCACGUCAUCCAGUGAUGAAGAAAUUCCUGUCGUCACUGUCGUGCUCAAGUGCAGAAGACGACAGCUGUCACGAGAUGAUGCUCUCGGCUCAUCUGGGGAUAACCAGAGUCGGCCGUCAUCCCGCACAUCCCCGCGGGUCGUCAAGAGAGGCUCCUCGGAUAACAUGGUAGACGGUAAUCGCUCACGCAACAAUUCUUCGUCCAAUCUAGCAGGACGAAGGUCACGAAACAGCUCUCAGGUCAUGGUGGAAUCUGGCUCUCGUAAUAGCUCGUCCUCAAACUUGGCCAGGUCCCGCUCGGGGAACAACUCCCGCUCUAGCAUCGGUGAGGUUGAGAAGUCGAAAAGCAACUCACGAUCCAGCAUCCUCGGGGACAAGAAGCUGUCACUUGGUCCGGACAUUGACAUUGGUGAGAACAGACGUGGCUCCUCCAGCAAGAUCCAGGUGUCCAGAAACAAGAGUAACCAUAGCAGUAGUAAUCUUUCCAAGACCAAGUCUGGUGACAGGCUGAGACAGUCUGGCAGCAAUAUACACAGAACCAAAGAUAAAAAGACAGCUGAAAAAUCCAGCUCCAGUGACUCUGAGUCUUCAGACACUUCCGACGACUCGAGUGAGAGCGCUGGUGAAGAGGGACAGUUCUUCUCUCUCACCAAGUCACGGUCAAUGAAGAAGUCCAGAUCUUCUUUAAAGUUCCCAGUAAGUGUUAGUGAUGAUAAGCCGAGGCUAGAAGAGCUUGGGGCCAGGACCAGCCCAGACGGGAAAGAGCAUGUCUCCAGGACCAACUCUGAUGCCAACAUAAGGGUCACCUCACCAUACGAUAAUGUAGAAGACAAAAAUGAAGAUGACGAAGACUUGCAGCCAUUCUACUGGCCAGUUGACAGCUCUGCCUCGAAAGAUGACCUCACAGUACUGUACAAAAAGUCCGAAAAGUUUGCAGCAUCCAAUAAAUCCGUUUCAGAGAUGGGCACUUUUGAGUGGUCCACUGACAGUCCACCACCUAACAGAGCCCAUCUGCUCAACAGGUACGAGGAUAACGACGCCACACACACCAGUGUCAGCAGAAGCAGCUCCAAGGGCAACAUAAACAAGAGUAAUUCACUUGAAUGGCCUUCAGGCAGCCCAGAACUCUCGAACAAGAAAAUGGAUGAAACUGUAGCCUCUGUAAGUGACGAGGGCGCCUUCGAGUGGCCUUCUGGCAGCCCAGAGUUACACCUCGCGAAGAAAGCAGCUAAGGAAGAAUUUGAAGGUUUCACUUGGCCCUCAGGAAGUCCCGAGUUACACCUCCACAGAAAAGCGCUCGAGGCAGAAAAGGAAGACGAUCAAGAUGAAGGAAAUGCGUUCUUGUGGCCAGAAGGAAGCCCAGAGACGCCGAGACGAACAGUAGAUCGGAACGCCUACGAGAGCGAGACAGAGACGGAACUACUGUGGUCAGAUGAGAACGGUGACGCCUCCAGGUCACAGAUGCCUCAAGUGGCCGAAGAAACGGAGGAGGAAGAGUACAACUUCGAGUGGCCGAGUAGUCCCGAGCUCUCCCGUAAGAAACCUGCCACCUACGGCUACUCGGACGCUUACGAUACCCAGGCCGAGACAGAGGAGGGUUUCGACUGGCCCAGCAGCCCUGAUAUGCCGAGGAUGAAGAAUCCCAAGUUCAUCAGCUUCACCGAGGACAUUGACACCCUGUUGAGUAACGGCGUCGAAGACAACUUUGACGAGAUGGAAAAGCUGAUGGGGUACUCGCCGCCUCCUGUGAACGAAGUGGAAACUGAGGAGGAGAGAAAAACAGUCGGCGAGGACGUUAAGGAAAAGGGAAGUGAGAAGGAAGAGAAAGAGGUGGUUGAAGAGGAAGUAGAAGAAAAUGCCCAACAAGAACCAGAGGAGGAGAAGAAAGAAUCCCUGAAAAUUCGAGCCAGAAGGAACUUGUCUCUCUUCAUUGGAAAACUGACCAACAUCGACGAUAUCCUAGGCACGGUACUCCAGCCUCUCACCUCCCCGGCUCCCGCCACCACCAGGCAGACGUCUGUGCCCAAAUCAGAGGAAGAUGGUCGCUCUCGCCGGAAAGUUGUGGUUGUUCCCGCCAAGGAAAAGUUGCACUCCAUCCUGGAGGAGGUGGCGGCCAGUGAUGUGAAGGUACACGACGCCCAGGCCAACCGUGCCCGUAUAGACGAGAACCUGGAGGUGACGACGCCCUCCCGUGGUCGUCAGGCAGAAGCAGAAGAGGGAGGCGCUGAGGGCGGACAUCAUCAGCGCCGUUAAGGCAGGAUUGGACGACGCCACAUUGCAGGUGUACCGCGACGGGGACUACGGCACCUACCUUGACCUAGAGUCUUCCCUCGCCGAGCAGACGGAGGACAUUGACGGCUUAACUGACAG